UAAGCAUUGUCCCAUCUUGCAGACUGUAGUAGGAUGUUACUGCGUUAACAAAUAACUACUUGUUAAUUUAGCGAAUGCAAUCAUGCGUAAGUUGUUUGUUUUACUCCUUGGAAUCACUUAUCGGCGGCUUAGUAAGCGGAAUCCAUAGCACAAAUUCCAGGACUAAAAAUUACCAAAAUAAAAGUGUAGGUAAUAAUGAUGUACGUCCUGGCUUGCUGUUUUCACACUCAUCAAAGAGGAGUGCUCAAAUUGAGAAACAAAGAAAGAAUAAGAAUGAAUCAAAUCGUGAACGAUUCAAACCUGUGAAACAAGUCCAGCAAGAACGGUUGCAAGAAGGGCUUAAUACAGCAUUGGACUCCUCAAACAAAGGGUUUGCAAUGCUUCAAAAAAUGGGAUAUAAGCCUGGAUCUAGUCUUGGAAAGCAAGGCCAGGGAAAACUCGAACCAGUUGCUGUGGAGCUGAAGGCAGACAGAGUUGGGCUGGGAUGGCAGGAGAUGAUUUCUGAACACAGAAAGAAGCAACAGGAGAUAAAAAGACAAAAGCAAGAAAAACACAAGAAAGAAAUAGACCCAGAGCAGUUCAGAGCUAGGAUGCGCAGUCAGCAGCAAGAAAAGUUGAUCAAUGCUGAUUUGAUGAAGAGUCAGCGAAUCUGCCAUCAGAUGGACUCGAAAGCUGAAUUAACUGAACCUGUGGAACCAUGGUUCUGGCCAAAGUAUGUGUUGAAGAAGGAAGGUGAGGAAGAUCAAGGAGAAGAGGAAGAGGAGGAAGAGGAACUAGAAUUUGAGCCAGAAGAACAGUUGAACAUCCUUACGGCAUAUCUCAAGGCAACUUAUUGUUACUGCAUUUGGUGUGGAACAGUAUAUGAUGAUGAGAGAGACUUCAAGCAAAACUGCCCUGGGCCAACAAGAGCAGAUCAUGAUGAUUAAUACAAGAAUUCUUAUUCUUAGUAAAUGUGUAAAUUUUUGUUUGAACUGAUUGCUUCAAUAUUAUUUUGUGGUUUUAUUUAUGUUAUUUAUUUAUUGACUUGAGAUUAGUGUAGAAUCAUCCAUAUUGUUUUGCACUGUAUUGUUUUCAUAACUUGGAAAAAAAAACUCAUAAUUAUUUUGUUUUUGUUUUUGUUGAAUAGGUGACCUUUAGCAAAGUAACUACUUCCAACAGUUAUGGGCCACAAUUUUUGAUUAAGGGAAGCAUAACAUUUAGAUGGAAGCAUUCAUUAAAGAUGAUAAUUUUGUCGAUAGGUCCCUUUAAUCAUUAACAAGUGAAAGAAAAAGACAUAUGAUGAUUUUAUCAGAAUAUCAGUUAGUGAUAUAUGCAUAUGUACUUUAAGAAUGAAUACUUUUUAAAAAUAGACCAUGAAACCAUGAAAAA